AUGUCCAUUCCAGAAGGGCUUGCACAUCAGAGGCGAGGCCUGCCAGCGUGCCCAGCACUGGUGACCACCUGGCUUGUCUGCGCGUACAUGCCAGGCACAGCGCACGGCAGUGGUCUAUACCACAGAUUCGCCGUGCACCGCUCCCUGGCGGACAUCAUCCCGGUGGCAGGAUGGCGCGAGUACUGCGAUGGUGGUAGGUGGGCCUACAAGUCGCCGUAUUGCGGAAACGUUACCAAUAUGGACCCCAAUUUUUCAGAAAAUCAGGACGCGUGGCCACACUUCGAGAAGGCAUGCGGCAAUCCUGGCCAGUCGCCCGUCAACAUCAACUUCUUGCAGACCAGCUUCAAGAGCUUCGGACCCAUUGCAUUCCUCGGCUACAACGUGCCGUUUCGCUUCAAGGUCGAAAACGGAGGACACGCCCUUUACAUCACGCCAGAGCAUCCGCAUCUCGAGUCCUACGGUGGCCCGCUGCCCGCUCGCUACACGCUGUCCAAGGGCGUCUUCCGCUUCGGCAACGAGACGAGCCAGCGCGGCUCGGAGCACACGCUCGAUGGCCGCUACUUCGACGCCGAGCUCCAGCUUCUGAUGUCGUGCGAGAAGCCAACGCCUACCGACUGCCUUCGGCGUGACAAAGGGUUGGCCAUAUUCGUCAUUCUCUUUCAGAAAAAGGAGGCGUCCAAUCCCUUCCUGGACAUACUCAUCAACGCCACCGAGCACAUGACCACGCGAGGCAACACGACCGAGACGUUGAUUCCCAUGGCCUUCCUGCUCCCGAACUCGACGUCCAACUACUACCUCUACUUGGGCUCGCUCACUUUCCCGCCGUGCACCGGCAAGGCCCUCGUGGUGGUCUUCGACAACGUCGUCUCCAUUGGCGAGAUGCAGCUCAAGAAGCUAAGGAACAACCUGUACUACUACUUCGGCACUUGCAAGAAUCGGGUGGCCGGCAACUUGCGCAAGCUGCAAAACCUGGGCAACCGUAUCGUCUACAGAUCAUUCAAGUUCACCAGCGCUGCCGCCACUUCAGCGGCCACAUUGAAACUGGUGUUAAGCGUAGCGACCACUGUCCAUUAUGUCGGCAGUGGCCGCGCUAUGUAA